ACUAUAUGAAUUAUUUUCAAUCUUAAUCAUCAUUCUUAAAAGAUUCCUUGAUUAAGGCAGUUGUGUUUUAUAAGUGAAAGUGCACUAAAAUGGACAACCUAAAAAUACUCAAUCAGCAAGUUGAAGAAAUGAUGAAGAUAGAAGUAAUAGCAGAUACAAAGCAAGUUGAAGAAAUGAUGAAGAUAGAAAUAAAAGCAGAUACACAGCAGGUCACCCAACCUCCACAAGUUCGCCAAGUGUGUAUUCCUGAACAAAUUAUUGCUUACCAACAACCCGCGUCUCAACAGUUUUACACAUCACCUCCUUCUCAAGAGUUUUUCUCACCAUCCCCUCCCCAGCAGUUGCCAGAACUAUAUGAUACAAAUCGUCUUGUAGAUGAAUGCAAAAGAUUCUUAGACGCAUAUGGUCAGGAACGCCGCGGGAAGUUGCUAGUACAUUAUGAUACAAAUCGUCUUCUAGAUGAAAUCAAAAGAUGCUUAGACGCAUGUGGUCAGGGACGCCGCGGGAACUUGCUAAUACAUCAUGAUACAAAUCGUCUUGUAGAUGAAUGCAAUAGAUUGAUAGACGCAAACGGUUGGGGGCGCGACCGGAGACGUAAGAGUGGAAGGCCAGCAUGGUGGAAAGAAACCACCCAACAACAACAAUUCUUACUAAAUCCACCACAGUCUCCUGUACAACAAAUCACACCACAUCUUCAAAUCCAAACCAACUCUCCACAAUCUGCAAAAAUAGAAAUACCUACUACCACCAAAUUAAAAAUUCCCAGUACAUUAAAAGUAGAAAUCCCUCGGACAUCAAAAGUAACAACUCCUUAUACAAGAAAUUUAGAAAUCCCUUGUACAUCAAAAGUACAAAGUCUUCGUCCAUCAAAACUACAAAUCCCUUGUACAACUAAAGUAGAAAUUCCUUGUACAACAAUCGCUAGUACAUCAAAAGUACAAAUCCCUAGCACGUCAAAGAUAGAAGAAAUCCCUUGUACAACAAAAGUAGAAGCUGCUUGUACAACAGAAGAAGAAAUCCCUAGUAUAACAGAAGCAGGAAUUCCUAGUAUAACACAAGUAGGAACCCUACCACAAUAUCAAAUUCCUCUUCAAAAUUACAAUAUUUUGAAAGAUGCGGCUGAUUAUAUUGCUGAACGAAUAUUAGACUCUAUGAGAGACCAUAGACGUGGGCGUGGACGAGGCCGAGGACGUGGACGUGGACAGGCCCGUGGACGUGGCCGUGGACGAGGCAGUGGAUGGGGACGCAAUCGUAGAGGCUCGUCAACGGUAUUUAUCUAUAAAAAUUAUUAUUAUUAAAAAGUAUAAUUUUAAU